AUGGCGACGGACGGCGAAGCGAAGAAGCGCGGCGAGCUGCGGUACGCGAUGGUAUCGCGCGGUGUGGACGUGCUGGCGGAACAUUCGAUGGUGAAGGGCGACCUGAGCGCCACGGUGCAGGAGUGCCUCGCCGUGCUGCCCAAGGACGGCGCCAAACACAUCGCGAUGCCGUACGGCGACUUCACCAUCGCGUUCCAGACGGAGAAGGAAUACGUGUUCGGCGUGUUGGCGGACAAGCAAAUGCCGCGCGACGUGCUGCGCGGGUUCUUGGAUAAGGUCAGGUCGGGCUUCAUGGCCAAGUACGGCAGCAAGGCGCGCGCCAUGCCCGCGGGCGCGUUGCAGCGAGAGUUCGGGCCGAAGCUGAAGCAGCAGCUGCAGCAGGGGACGGCGCGGCCAGAGGACCUGAGCAAGGCGGCGAAGCUGCUGGGGCAGGUGGAGGAGGUGAAAGGCGUGAUGCUGGAGAACAUGAAAAAGGUGAUCAAUCGCGGGGAGAAGCUGGAGGUCCUGAACGAGCAGGCAAACGUGCUACAAGAAAAUGUGCGUGCUGCUGCAUGGGCAUGGACGGCUCAUGGGUGUAGAGAUAAAGAAGCCUUGAGCCUCGUUUUCCACUCGCCGCCGUUUCACCACUCACUCGCCCAUCCCCUCCCUCCCAGAGUGUCUCCUUCGCCCCGUCUCAUCCCCGUACCCCCACGCACCAUUCUCCCACCUUCACACCUCUCUUUCUCCCCUGUACCACUCGCCCCGUGCGGGCAUUGCAAGAAGGUGGCGCCCGAGUAUGAGAGGCUUGCAGCAGCUGUCAAGGACGUUGCUGCCUUGACCGUCGGCAAGGUGAACUGCGAGGAGCACAAGGCGCUCUGCGACAAGCACAGCAUCCGCAGCUUCCCCACCUUCAGAUGGUUCCCCGCCCACCAAACCACUCCUGAGAACUUCAAGGGCAGGAGAGACGUAGACGACUUUAUCAACUUCAUAAAUGAGAAGCUCGGCACGCGUGUGUCUCUGCCCGGCGCCGUGUCCCACGUGGUGGCGCUCUGCACUGAUAGCUUCAACCACGCUGCUCUCGAUGACUCCCUGCAUGCACUCGUCAUGUUCUACACUCAUGGGUCCCGACAGUCCAAAGGCCUGUUCCCUAUGUAUGAGAAGGUCGCGGCUGCAUUCAGGGCGGAGAGCAGUGUGGUGGUGGGCAAGGUGGACGUGGGCCGAUGCCCCGACCUCAAACUCAAGUACAGCAUCAGCAUGACCCCAGAGCUGAUCUGGUUCCCGCGGCACAACAAGGUGGGGGAGGUGUACCGCAAGGCCCGCUCCGUGCGGGACCUUGUGGCGUUCAUCAACCAGCAGGCCGGCACCCACCGCACCAUCGAUGGCACCCUCUCUCCUGCGUCGGGGCGGCUACCAGCGUUGGAUGACCUAGCACAGGAGUUCAUGGCAGCAGUGGGGGAGGCACGAGGGGCGGUCAGAGCACGGGCCGAGGCAGAGGCAGCACAGAUGGACGAGGAGGAAAGGAAGCGUGCAAUGGUGUACUGCAAGAUCAUGGGCAGCAUCAUGGAGCAGGGCGAUGGGUACGUGGGCAAGGAGAUGGGCCGGCUCUCACGCCUGCUGCAAGGGACCAUGUCUUUAUCCCCUGUGCCUCUUCCAACCUUGCCCCCUGUCUCUUCCUCUCUCUUCCUCUCCCCCCUCUUUCCCCCUUGUCCCAUGUUUCUCCCACGUCUUCCCUGCCCCUUGCCGUCACUGCAGUCCCUGUCUCGGGACAAGGCAGACCAGUUCACCACACGGAAAAACAUCCUGCAGGCCUUCUUGCACACAGAGGGGCACCAAGAGCUUUAA